CGCGCCCGCCUCGACGCCCUCGCCGCCUCCGGCAUCGGCAGGCUCCUUCCCUGGCCUUCCCCGCGCGGUCCGGCCAGCCAUGGCGUCGCCCUUUCUGGCAGCCUCUUCUUCCUCUUCCGCUUCGUCGCCCCUCUCUUACCUGAUCCCUAGGCCGCCUUCUUCCUCCCUCGUGCCGCAACAACCGCAAGGCGGCUUCUCGUGCGGUGCGCAGCAGGCCGGAGCAUACGGCGGCAACGGCUUCGGCGGCGCGGGCGUCGAGGCGGCGGCGGCGGUGAGGCAGGGCGGCAGGCACGCGGGCCACCCGCCGCUGCCGCGCCCGCCGCCCAGGCAGUGCCCGCGGUGCAGGUCCGCCAACACCAAGUUCUGCUACUACAACAACUACAGCCGCAAGCAGCCGCGCUACUUCUGCCGCGCGUGCCGCCGCCACUGGACCGAGGGCGGCACGCUCCGCGACGUGCCCGUCGGCGGCGGCCGCAAGAACAGGCGCAACGGCGGAGGCAACAAGGGGGGCGCGAAGGCGCCUUCCACCACCACCGGCACGGCGUCCUCCGCUGCGGCGGCGGCGGAAGCCGGUCAUGUCCAGGGCGGCAUCGGAUCCGGCGCCCUCGAAGGGUUCGUCCCGGCCGACGUCCUAAGGCAGAUGCUGUUCCAGCCUGCCAGCUUCACGGCCGUCGGCGGGGGUAGCGGCGGCUACAGCAUCGACAUGGGCGCGUGGCAGCAAAUGGCGGCUGCUACGGCAGCACCGCAGGGCGACCAAGAUGUUGGCACGGUCGGAGGAACGGCGCCGGCGGCAGAUGCGAACUGCGGCGCCGGAGUGCAGUUCUGGAGCGGGUGGCAGGCGCAAGAUGACAUGUCCGGUUUCGAUGCGCCUUUCUAAGUACGUGAGCUUCAGAGUUCAGGCUGCCCGGCCUUCAGUGGCGCGACGUCGAUGAUCCAUACCAACAAAUGACAAUCUAAGUUAUUGGGUCUGCCACUAGUAACAUUGUCAUCAGUAUUUAUACGCGCGUAACUAUAUGCGUAUAUCCGAACGCAUGAAGUACUACGUAGUACGUACUAUAUGAAGAGUUUGCCCUUUGACCGUGCAAGGUUUGUGAGGUUAUUUU